GGCAGGCAGGACGAGGGCUGCCCAGCCUCCUCUCGUAACAACAAACUGAUGAAUGACUGGAAGCCCACAAGCCUUCCAGCCCCGCGUGUCCGUACUCUUGCACGCCUCGUCUCUGUUUACUCACCUUUUGUUUGGAACAGAAUCGCAAAUUGACCAGAAGCGGGAGGGCAGGAUAUCUUGCGGGCAUGCUGAGGUAGCACAACAGGAUGUCUGAUGAAGAGUAUCAGCAGCAGCUGAAUGUGAGCAAAGGCCUACCAGAAAUGUGCUACAUCACCGAUGAAGAGGCAGAGUACGAUGGAGAUGAUGAUGAUGAAGAAGAGGAGAUACUUGAUCAGUCCCACAGUGCCUCCUUCAGCUCAGAGAAUGAGGCUCAGGGAGGUGACCCCGCAGCAUGGCAGUGCACCCCUCCACAGUCUACCUCACCUUCAGGGGGGACGCCAGCCAACGCUCCCCCCUCGCAGCCCGCUUCGGGACCCCACUCUGUGGUCCCCAGCCAAAACCCCACCUCUCCCUCCACCCUGACAGGAAGUAGGAAUAGGAGAUCAAAACCAUCGCACAUGAGACGUAACAUUAGGAAGUUACUGAGGGAGCAUCAGCUGGAAGCAGUCACCAAAACUGCUCAGCAGGAGGAGCUACAGAGAAGGCAACGUCUGGAUGACCAGAGAAAGCAAGAUUUCUCCUUACCACUGCUGCCUGAAUAUGAAACUGGUGAUGUAACAAAGCAUGUGUCAUCAUCAUCAGUGUCGCAGCAGCAGUUGAGACAGGAAGUCAUCUGCCUGGAGUCCAGUAGCACCGGUACUUGCCAGGACGUCAGUACCAACAUAUGUGCCUCCAACACUGAGCGCACACACAAAGCAGGUGCGGUUCAUCUGAGCCAGGGCGAGUACGACGCUAUCAGCAGGGACUCCGCCCACCAUGAUAUAGUGCGUCAGCAAAGUGGCAUGCACAUCAACGAUGACUUCAAUCGCCCAGAUAACCAAGGACGGGUGCUUGUCAACUUGAACCAUCCGUCAACAGAGAAGGACAUUUUCCUGUCACCUCAGCUGGCGCGAGCUGUAAAACCUCACCAGAUUGGUGGAAUUCGUUUCCUGUACGACAACCUGGUGGAGUCGGUGGAGCGUUUCGGCAGCAGCAGCGGGUUCGGCUGCAUCCUGGCCCACAGCAUGGGCCUGGGCAAAACACUGCAGGUCAUCUCCUUCAUUGACAUUCUCUUCAGAUACACGAAGGCCCACACCGUGCUCACCAUUGUCCCUGUCAACACAUUGCAGAACUGGCUGGCAGAGUUUAACAUGUGGGUCCCGCACGCUGAGGCCUUGCCCCCGGAUAGUGACCAUGGCGUGGUGAGGCCUCGCACCUUCAAGGUUCACAUCCUCAACGACGAACACAAAAACACAGCAUCCAGGGCCAAGGUGGUGGAGAACUGGGCCCAGGAUGGAGGUGUGCUGCUGAUGGGCUACGAGAUGUACCGCCUGUUAUCGCUCAAGAAGAACUUUGUGUCCGGGCGAAAGAAGAAGAGCAAGAAAACUACGGGGCCUGCUGUCAUCGACCUGGAUGAGGAGGACCGGCAGCAGAAACUGCUCAAAGCUAUCGAGAAAGCCUUGGCCAGGCCUGGACCUGACGUGGUGAUUUGUGAUGAGGGCCAUCGCAUUAAGAACUGCCAUGCCAGCACCUCUCAGGCCCUGAAGAAUAUCCGCACCAAGCGCCGUGUGGUUCUGACAGGAUAUCCACUCCAGAACAACCUGAUCGAGUACUGGUGCAUGGUUGACUUUGUUCGACCCGACUUCCUUGGCACACGUCAAGAAUUCAGUAACAUGUUUGAGCGUCCAAUUCUGAACGGGCAGUGUGUGGACAGCACACCACAGGACAUCCAGUUGAUGAGGUACAGGAGCCAUGUGCUGCACAGCCUGCUGGAGGGCUUCGUACAGAGACGAGGCCAUGAUGUGCUAAAGGACCAGCUUCCAUCCAAAGAGGAGCAUGUGGUCCUGGUGCGGAUGUCUCCACUGCAAAGGGUGCUCUACACGGAGUUCAUGAACCGCUUCAGAGAGGCGGGAAACACCGGCUGGUUCAGCCUCAACCCACUCAAAGCUUUCUGCGUAUGCUGCAAGAUUUGGAAUCAUCCAGAUGUGCUCUAUGAAGCCUUACAGAAGGAAAACCUGGCAAGUGACCAGGACUUGGACCUUGAUGACGUCACCUCAGCUGCACCGACACAAAGUCCCACUGCAGCCAAUCAGAAGCCAAAGCAGAUGGAAAACCCAAACCCCAUCGGAGGGCUGAGUCUGAACCAGUUGCAGGAAAGGGCCAAUCAGGUCAUCACAUAUGAAUGGGCCAAAGACAUAAUGUGCGAUUACAAGCCCGGCAUCCUGGAGAAUUCUGCAAAAAUGGUCCUGCUGUUCCACCUGAUUGAGGAGAGUGUUGCAAAGGGAGAUAAACUCCUUGUUUUCAGUCAGAGUUUGUCCACUCUUACCGUGAUUGAGGAUUUCCUGGCCAAGAGGCCAGUACCUCGUUCUACCAACACCUCCACCAGAGACCCAGCCAGCCAGAACUGGGUCAGAAAUCUCAACUACUACAGACUGGAUGGAAGUACAACCACCUCAGAGCGAGAGAGAUUAAUUAACCAGUUCAACGAUCCCAGCAACACCUCAGCGUGGGUCUUCCUGCUAUCAACCAGGGCAGGUUGUCUGGGAGUGAACUUGGUCGGAGCGAACCGUGUGGUGGUUUUUGACGCCUCCUGGAACCCGUGCCAUGACGCCCAGGCCGUGUGCCGUGUCUACCGCUAUGGUCAGAGGAAGCCAUGUCACGUCUACAGGUUGGUGUGUGAUUUCACGCUUGAGAAGAAGAUCUACGACCGCCAGAUCUCCAAACAGGGCAUGUCCGACCGAGUGGUGGAUGAUUUGAAUCCCGUGCUGGCCUUCACCAGGAGGGAGGUGGAAUCUCUUCUCCACUUUGCCGAAGAAGAGCCAGAGCUCUGCCAAGUUCAACUGCAGCAUCGGGACAGCAUGGAUUGCGUCCUAGGAAAGGCGUUGUGCCUCUUCCCACACCUCAUUACCAAGCAACCAUUCCCCCAUGAGUCUCUGCUCAUGGACCGCAGAGAGCUGAAGCUGAGCACUGCUGAGAAGAAGGCAGCAAAAAAAGGUUACGAGGAAGAGAAGAGGGUGUCUGUGCCAUACACUCGCCCUUCCUAUGCUCACUACUAUCCUGCCAGUGACCAGAGCCUCACCAACAUUCCUGCAUUCAGCCAGAGAAACUGGCGACCACCUCACGCUGAGGACAAGCCGGUGGCCAAUGUCCGACCAGUCCACUCUGCUCAAGUUCCCACCCUACCUCGACAGGCGUCUGCCGGUUCGGCUCCAACGUCCAAAGACUCAUCGGCGUCCAGCCUUGGAGGUUUUCCUGUCAACUGCUUGCAAAAAGCUGGAGUCUUUGUGCAGAAGAUCAUUACUACUUCAGAUAUGGUGAUUCCAGGCACCAACAGCUCAACAGAUGUCAAGGCCAGAAUCACAGCUGGAGAGAGCAUCCAUGUCAUUAGGGGCACCAAAGGGACCUACAUCAGGACAUCAGAUGGACGAAUCUUUGCUAUCAGAGCAGCUAGCAAGCCUAAGAUGUCAGAUGAGACUACUGCAAGAUCACACAAAGACCCCCAAGGCUCUGAAGUGAAACAGCCAACUACUGGUAGUAAUGGUUGCCCGUCACCUGACCAACAGCAGCCAGUAACUCCUGACAGUUUGCCCCGCCCCCUUUCACCCGACAGCCCAGAGAUACUGAGUGAGUUGCAGCGCUACGCUGCAGGUACGGGACGCCAGCCAGAGAGGGAGGACGGGAGCAACAUGUACAAACUGCCUUCAGCUAAAAUGGGCCAAAGCAACGACGACGAUGGAAAUGUGAGCCACCAUGAUGCCAACAGGGGUAAUGUCAUCCAGCCCAACAUGGAUGCCACAGCUGCACAAGACUUGAGAAUCAACUCCAAGCGCAAAGCCUCCACCCCAUUGCCAGACGAGCGGUCUCGCAAGCAGCCAGCUGUUGGCAAACACUCCACAGCCUCUAUAGCCUCCCAGGGUUUUCCCUACAUGGGUGCCUAUGGCUUCCCUCUGGGCUUCAACCCUGCCAUGCUGGGUGGCUCAUUGGGAAACCCACUCUACAUGGGGGCUGGCUCGCCUUUCUUCCACCCUUCUCAUACUGCCCUUGGCAACCCUAGUUUCAUGCCAGAGUUGUUUGGUUUGGGCGCAGUCCCAACCUCAUCCUCCACCUCUGCACUGUCCACUUCUACCGCCACUGAUGUCUCGACCUCCUCAUCCCUGCCAUCCUCUGCGUCAAAAGCUUCCACUUUGACUCCAGGCACCUUACCGUCAUUCAUGCUGAGCCCCAACCUCGCAGGCAUGGCCGGGAUCCUGCCACCAAGCUUUGCCCUAUCCUAUAGUCAAUCUCUGCCCAGCUUUUACCGGGGGUCAAUGCUCAGUGGUGGGCUUCCCGGUCCAGCGGCAAUUCCUGGUCCAGCUGGAUCAAGCUUUCUCUCCCAAUGCACUAUAACUGCUGGCUCCAGCUCCUCAUCCUCAUCGUCCCCUUCAUCAUUUUCCCCGUUGGCACACUCUGAGGACCAAAGGGCCAGAGCUAUUGUCAAUGGCAGGAAUGUCAGUAGCCCUGACAACUCGGAUGACAAUGGCGAAGUCAUUGAGAUGAACGGCCAAUGAAAAAAAUGAUGCUCGGUUUGAUUUGUCUGUAAUAGGAUCUCCAUCCUAUUUGGUGCAGGGUUUAAAAAGAUCCUCUGAGGGACAACAGACAUGGCGUUACAUGAAUCACAACGUGUGCUCUGAUUGUGUCGACUCCACACAGUUAUCUCUUGAUUCUGAAUUUGUGACCUUAUUUAAAAUCUCUUUUGGGACAGAAGAAAAUUUAAAUCCUAAACCUUUGGGCAUCUGCCUUUGAUAUGUAAUCAUCACUGGACAAAAAAAAAGCCUGCAGUGAUUGAAAUGGCUUGUUGUUCUACCGACUAGUGAAAACAAAACAACAGCAGAUUUACCAGGGGAAUUUUUUUUAUUUUAGUUUAGCUGUAGCAACGGGUAUGUCUGUAUCAGUCUGUAGGGAUGGGCCUAAUAGUGUAGUUGAGAAUUAGAUGACUUGUGUGUAAAUUGCCGUUGCUUAAUAAUUUCUUGAAGCUGUGAAGGCUAAAAGCAGUGAACUACUUGACUGCAGCCAGCAGAGGCACUGUUGGUUUAGUCUCAACUAGUUUACUGUAAAAACAAGGGGAGCUUGACAUCAGCUAAUGCCUACAUCCACACAGAUGGUUCAACUCUUCUGGAGCAGUAUUCUGCUCAAUAAGAUGCUGGGUGAAUUCACGACAAUUCAAGAGAUACUCUCAUCCCGUUACAAAUCUGCCCAUUCCUAAUCGUUUGUCACAUCCAGUCUUGCUACUGAAUAUUCAACACAUUUUAAGGAAUGCAGAACUAUAAGCAUUUUCAACUUCUCUGCCAGGUGAGUGGUAUUGUAUGUUUUUGUUCUUGGACGUAAAUAUAAAGAAGACAGGAUGAUGAGGUAAAACUUCUAAAACCUUAAAACAACAGAAUGUAUGCUUAAUCAAAUGCCUUUGAACGAGGCCUUUAUUAAAGACUCCUACUGAGAUGUGACAUGGGAAUAUCAGUUUUUCUGUAUUUUUUGUAUUAUUAUACCUUUGCCUAAAAACAGCCAGGGGAAAAUGAGGAAAAACUGUGCUCCCCUCGUAGCGGAGAAACAACCACCAACGGAAAAUGCCUUUUGCCGCUUAUCUUUCUGAAUGUGAACUGUGAACAAGGAGAUGCAAAGAGAGGAGUUGAAAUCUCACCCACAGUCUUACUGUAGCCUAGUGACAAAUAAUGCAAAGCACUCACUCAAGCCUAUAUACUGUAAAAGUACAUGCCAACAGGAGUCAAACUGACCACACCUGAAUUUUGGUUUUAGUGUUGUCUGUGUUUGUGUUUGUGUCUGUGUGUUGCAGUUUGAAAUGUGAAAGAAAGCAACAGGGUUUCGUGAUAUUACACUUUUUGUUCUGCUGGUGUUUAAAUGUUAAUUUGACCUCAUUUGUUUGACUUGAGGUCUUUAUUGAAAUCCUUUUUGGGGGAACUUUGCCAAAAACAGCGCACAGCUGCAUCCUCCGUCAUAGAGGAUUUUGUCUUAAGCGACCAAAAUUAAAUCAAAAAAUGCUUUGACUAUACUGUGUUUCCUCAAAUAGUGGGCAUCCCUCUUACAUUAAUUGUAAUUAACUUCAUGGAUGUGAUUUUUUUUUUUUUUUUUUUUACACAUGGACAUUAAAGAGUUAACUGUGCUGUAUGUAUGUUACUAACCAAACCAGCAGCCCCUACCGAGGCACGUGAAUGGUCUGCAGUCUUAAUGCAUGUUGAAAAAUAUACCCGUACUGGUACCAUUGUGGUAUAUUAUUCAAAAAAAUUAUUUUGUACAAAUGCAGGCCUCCCUCAUCUUCAGUUAAGUAUAUAAACACCCCUGGCCGCUAUUUGCGGAAACAUGCUAUAUAAAUACUGAAUAAGGCCAUCUGUCAGUUUGACCUAGUGAUUAGCACUGCUCUACACUCUCCAAUUGGAGACCUGUAUGUGGAGACAAGGACCCAGCAACCCCCGGCCACCACCCACCACCAUUUUUGACCCCAGUUUAUUCACGUGUUUUGACAAUGUGCUUUCAAAACCAGCAGCUCAUUUGUUAUACGAAACAAACUUCACAUCCGUAUGCAGAGAAUAAUUGUGAAAGAGAUUUAUAUUUGUGCUUCAUUCUGAAAUUGCGAGUUUACCUGUUUCAUUUUUGUCUGGACAAUAGUUGAAUUUACCAAGGUAAUUUAUUUAUUACAAUGAAUAUUUAUUCAUUUGUAGUGUAUUAAAUAUCUUUUGUAUAUUUUUUUUUGUAUUGUCAAAUUACUUUUGUUGUUCCUAAAGUUGGAAGAAAACAUUUUGACUUCUCUUCCCCCACCCCAAAAAACAAACAAACAAACACUUACGCUCUGUUCCAGUUCAUAUUUAAAAUGCAGCAUUUGCAUGUGUGGACCAACCAAUAAUGACCAGGAGAGUGUUUAAGAAAUUCGAAGUAAUUAUCAUCCUGCUGACAGUUACACAAAUCAUCUCUUAGAUUUUGUGAUUUUGGAUAAGUCAUCGGGUUUAUAUUUUAUUCAUUGUCAUUUAAUGUGAAAUCUUUUAUUUGACAACCGAUUCCUUCAUUAAACGUUUGUAGUAAAUGUCUGCUCACAAAUGAAUAUCAUAAUACACGCCAUUUCUGCGCAUUAAAUUUAAGAUUAAACCACAGUUAAAUUCUUCAGAAAAAAAAAAAUCAUUAUUAUUGUUACAAUUUUUUUGUUUGUUUGUUUUCAUAUCAGAAAUGAUGGAAAAAGGUUUGGAUGUCAGCUUGACAUUCGCUGUACCAGUGUAAUUUUAUUUUAUAAAGUUUUCUACUUGAAUUUACAUCUUUAUUUAUACAAAUCAAAGAAGUCCAAUGAGCAGAGCUGUCUGAAUUGCAUUCACAGUGAGAAGAUUGAAACUGCUAACUUGGAGGACUGACUGGUCAAACUCUGAUAUGUAGUGAAUCCAUGGACUGAGUGUAUGACCUUGGAAUACAGUACUUUGUUCAUUUGUUUGUUUGUAAAAGUUUGACAAUAAAAUGACUGUUGGAUA